AUGGAAGCUGUUAUUGUACCGGAAAUAGCAGCUCCGAUUGAAAUGUGCAUGAAGGAAGUUUGCAAGCUACCGUACAUCAGGAAUUUGAAGUUAGCACACCGUUUAGCUGUCAACGACAAAUUCGAAGUUCAAUUAUUAAUCGGCGCGGAUUACUACUGGAGUUUUGUGGAAGACAAUAUACGCGGCAAUGGCCCGAUUACCGUCAAAUCAAAGUUAGGAUAUCUUCUAUCUGGACCUAUAAACAGGAAAUCUACAAACCAAGGAGCGUCAACGGCUACGUUGCAUAUCUUAUCACAUCGAGAAAAUGUGGAAUACGAUUUGGAAAGGUUCUGGAAAUUGGAGACGUUAGGCAUAUCGACAGAAGAAAACGACGAAAGUAUGGAUGCGAAAAUUAAGCAUUAUCAAGAAAAUAAUAUAUACUUCCGGGACAAUAAAUAUUAUGCAAUUUUACCAUGGAAAAAUGAAUAUCCGGAACUACCAACAAACGAGAACAUUGCAAAAAAGAGAACAGCAAACGUUGUGAAGCGCCUAACGAGAGAGCCAAAAAUGCUAGAAAUAUACGGAGAUAUCAUUAGAGACCAAGAGAGUCGUGGUUUUGUGGAAAAAGUGCCUACAGAAGAAAUUUCUACUAAAAAACAGAUACAUUAUAUUCCUCACCAUCCAGUGAAAAAAGAUUCCAUCACAACGCCGAUACGGAUAGUUUAUGACUGUAGUUGUAGACAAGAUGGCUCAUCACCAAGUCUGAAUGAUUGUCUAUCAUCUGACCCACCUAUCCUGAUCGAUUUACCGGGAAUUUUGACACGUUUUCGCGCAAAGAAAUACGGAAUUUCAACGGACAUCGAAAAGGCGUUUCUUCAAAUAAACCUGGACGAGAACGACAAAGAUGUGACUAGAUUUUUCUGGUUGGAAGAUCCACGAAAUCCAAACAAUGCACUCAUUGCGUGUAGAUUUAGAUCUGUUUUAUUUGGAGCAACUUGUUCGCCAUUCAUAUUGAGUGCAACAUUGAUGAAACACGUUUCAGAUAAUCCUUCGGAAACAACGGAUACCAUACGACGGGACAUUUAUGUUGACAACAUACUAACAAGUGUUAACACAGAAGAUGAUGCUCGGAAAUUUUUUCACGAAUCGCGAAAAUUGUUCUUGGGCCUCCUGGGCCUCCAACAGCACAGUUCUUCAAGAAACAGCGAAAACAGAAGCAGUUAUUGA